AUGUCUUCACAACAGACUCAGUUCUUCCAGGAGUCCCUUGCGGCUCAAGAGGUUCUCUCUGCUAAGCAGGAGAUCGACUCUCCUCUCGAGUCUCCCGAUUCCAUCCCCAGCUCUCCCGAGCUUGCCUCCUCCAGCUCUAGCGACAGCAUCGCGAGCCUCGGAACUCCCGCCUCUCCCCUUUCCCCUCCUGUCGACAAGCCUGUGGCCGACUCCUUCGUGUUCGCCUUUGACAUUGAUGGCGUCCUCGUUCGCGGCGGACGGGCUAUCCCUGAGGCUAUCCAGGCCAUGAAGGUCCUGAACGGCGAGAACGAGUACGGUAUUCAAGUACCUCACAUCUUCCUCACCAACGGUGGUGGCAAGACUGAAGAGGAGCGAUGCGGCGACCUCUCCGGCCAGCUCAAGUGCGAUAUCAAGCCCGGCCAGUUCAUCUGCGGCCACACCCCCAUGCGGGAGAUGGCUGAGAAGUACGGCACUGUCCUCGUCGUCGGUGGUGAGGGCGAGAAGUGCCGUCACGUUGCCGAGGGCUACGGCUUCAAGGACGUCGUCACCCCUGGCGACAUCAUCAAGCACAACUCUGCUACCACUCCCUUCCGCAAGCUCACCCCUGAGGAGCAUGCCAACUCCCGUGAGCGUGACUUUGACGAUGUUGUCAUCGACGCCGUCUUUGUCUUUGCCGACUCCCGCGACUGGGCUGGCGAUAUCCAGAUCAUGCUUGAUCUUGCCAUGUCCAAGGGUGGCCGUCUCGGAACCCGCAGCGAGACCUUCGACGAGGGUCCCCCCUUCUACUUCUCCCACAACGACGUUGUCUGGUCCGCCGCCCACGAGCACGUCCGCCUCGGCAUGGGCGCUCUCCGCCGCAUGUUCGAGGUCACCUUCAAGGACCUCACUGGCGGCAACGGCCUCCUGCACACCCACGCCUUUGGCAAGCCCCAGGUUUCGACCUUUGAGUUUGCUUCCCGCCUGAUGGGCCAGUGGCGAAACACCGAGCACGGCCUCGUUGCUCCUCCCGAGACUGUCUACUUUGUCGGUGAUACCCCCGAGAGUGACAUCCGCGGCACCAACGCUGUCAACGAGAAGGCCGACAACGACUGGUACAGCAUCCUCGUCAAGACUGGUGUCUACGAGGAGGGUACCGAGCCUGCUUACAAGCCCCGUGUCACCGUCGACAACGUCCUUGACGCCGUGAACCACGGUAUCAAGCGUGAGAUGGAGAAGAAGAAGGCUAUGGGCGCUUCUAUCAAGUCCAACCUCCUGGCUGAGGCCACUGGCGCCACUGAGAUCGCCGUGGACAUGGACGGCAUCACGAUCUAA